UUUCUAAAAACAGGCUGGUCUGGCUCGGUCAUGGCUGCGACUGCUGCUGGUGCUGCGGUGAACAUCAUGGCUUGAAAGUGGUUGUGUGAAUACCCCCUUCCUGAACAUUUUUUUUUUCUUUUGACGUGCGCACAUCGUCCCUACGAAGGAGAGGCUGCCCGAACCCGGCAGACUACACCGCGGCUCCGAAAUGACGCCCGGAGAGAACACACAGCCCGUUUCGGACGAGGUUCCUGCACCACCAGAACCUCAGGCAAUAUGCAUCAUUCGGGACAUGACCACAGCAAUGGCACCCAGCUCCAAGGUACCUGUGCCAGGUACCGGCGGGAACAGGACAAAGGUGACGCUGACGCUUCCUGCAACGACAACAGCAGCGGAGUUGAUGGAGGCCGUGGGUCGCCACUUCCAGUACGCUUUGGACUCCUUUGAGCUGCUCUUUCAAAGGCUCGCUGACGGCGACUGUGUUCCGGUGCACACGUGCGAUGACAAGACCCUCCAAGAGCUUGGGUUCCACACAGAUGGCACAAGCCGCAACGUACUAGUCAUGUCUGACCGGAACCGCGAGCCCCCCAAGCGGCUGGUGGGGCCUGAACCGGACGAGUGCAGUUCUUCCUCCUCAGCAGCAGCCGACUGGGUCCGCAACACUCGAGGCGGGGCCGGCGAGAGCAAGUACUACCCUGCAGACACCAGGGAGGCCAUGGGUUAUGUGGGCCUGGUUAACCAAGCCAUGACCUGCUACCUGAACAGCCUGUUACAGACCCUCUACAUGACACCAGAAUUUAGGAAUGCAUUGUACAGGUGGGAAUUUGAUGGCACAGAACAAGAUGCGGCUAAGAGCAUACCUUUCCAACUGCAAAAGCUCUUUCUCUUACUACAGACGUCGUCCAAACCUGCGAUCGGAACAACGGAUCUUACUACUAGCUUCGGAUGGGACAGCAGUGAAGCGUGGCAGCAGCACGAUGUGCAGGAGCUUUGCCGAGUCAUGUUUGAUGCGCUAGAGCACAAGUUCAAGCACACGGACCAGGCCAAGCUCAUCUGUCAGCUGUACGAGGGCAAGCUCAAGGAUUACGUCAAGUGCCUACAGUGUGGUUACGAGAGCGCCCGUGAGGACACGUUCCUGGACAUCCCGCUGGUGGUGCGGCCAUUCGGGUCAAGUCAGGCGUACGGGAGCGUCGAGGAGGCCCUCCGCGCUUUCGUCACCCCAGAGACCCUGGAUGGCUGCAACCAGUACUCAUGCGAGCGGUGCAACCGCAAGUGCGACGCCCACAAGGGGCUUAAGUUCGUGCGCUUUCCGUACUUGCUGACGCUGCAGCUCAAGCGGUUUGACUUCGACCCCGCCACCAUGCACCGCAUCAAGCUCAACGACAAGGUGACCUUCCCGGAGAUUCUAGACCUCAACCAGUUUGUGCGGUCUGAGAGCGAGGCGGAGAGUCCCAGUGAUGAUGCUGACACAACAGACAGUGGGUCGGCGCUCGACGAGGAGGCUGCGGUGACCUCGACAUCAUCUGGUCCGAGCAGCAGCCGUCAGACGAAUGGGCCGUGCGAGGACAUAGGUAGCGACGACGAAGGCAUCGACAUGGGCAGCGGUAGCGGCAGCAACGCGGACGCCGCGGCCAAUGCUCGCAACCUGAAGCGGCCCAUUAACACAGGUCCAUACGUGUACGAGCUGUUCUCCAUCAUGGUGCAUUCUGGGAGUGCCAACGGUGGUCACUACUACGCUUACAUCAAGUCCUUUACGGAGGGCCAGUGGUACUGCUUCAAUGACGCCCAAGUGUCACGAGUGACGUACGACGAGAUUCGGAAGACUUACGGCGGAGGACAGAGUCGAGGUGGCUACUACAUCAGUUCCUAUGCGAGCUCGACGAAUGCGUACAUGCUCAUGUACCGCCGAGUGGACAAGGAGCAGAAUGCAGAGCCGAUGACACCUGACCAGUUUCCAGAGCACGUGAAGGUGCUGCUUGAGAGCAUGCAAGAGGCGGAGGAGCGGGAGCGACAACAGAAGGAGCUGGACCGCUCCAUGUGCAAGAUCAAGCUGUUCUGCCUUCACCCGCUCAAGCCCACCAUGCAAGAGAUGCGGCUCAAGGUCCACAAGGAUGCGUCACUGGCUGAGGCCACAGAGACGGCGCAUCAGAUCAUGGGCCUGGAAGGGGUGGUUCCGCUGGAGUGCUGUCGUCUCGUGAUGUACGACGACUGCGCCGAGUCCCUGGAGUGCUCGCUGGAAGAGGUGGCCCACCAGACCAUGGGCCAGAUCCUGGGCGGCGUCAAGUCCACCUACCCCUUCGACCUACUCCUGGAGAUACGCAAGCCCCACGAGACCUUCCAGCCCUACAAAAUUGGCGGAACAACGGUGAAGGUGCACGUUGUCAAUCUGGAGGCCAACGAGAUUGGACGGCCGAUAGUCGUGCGCGGUCUCAAGACUCAGACGGUCGAUGAGUUCAAAGCCCAGGUAGCUCAGCAACUUGGCCUGCCCUCAAGCAACAUGCGGAUGGUGCUGGAGAACUACCACAACAGCCUUGAGCUGCUCACUGCAUCUGGACGUAUGCUGAAGUCGGAGGGCUUUGGCAAGAGUAAUACGGUGUACAUAGAAUUUCUCAACGAGGAGGAUGCAAGCCGGCCCUUCCGUGAGUCUCGGUUCUUCGAGAUUAUCGAUCGGCAGGUCAACACCGUCGUCAUCAACGUCCAACUGCCACCAGAAGAGAAAGUGUUACUGGAAAAGCAGCACAUGUCUUCCAGCAGCGAGUGCGAUCAGAGGUACAGCAACGUGGAAGACGAGGGCGGCACAGGUGCAGCGAAGUCUACGCAGCAGACGCAGACGUCCAACACGGCCCUGUCGGACGGCUAUGACAGCGACCUCUGCGAUUCGUCCUCCUCGGGCUGCCAUGGCGCAGGCGGCGACCACUCCGAGGAUUCUAGUCUCACAGACAGCGAGCGGACCCUCGUCGGCGAUGACAUAUCGCCGCGUAACAACUCGCCCGACCUCGCCGCGGACGACAACGGCUGCUGUUCGGGCGACGAACGUCUGCCCAAGUUUGUGCCUUCUGUUGAGAUGACGGACCAGAUCAAGCGGAGCAUGCUUGAACCUAGUGGGAGCACAUCUGCCACUGCGCCCACCGCUGCUGCGGCACCUAUUGGCGAUGGUGCUGGUGUCUCGGAAGAGGCCAACGCCUUUGCCUGUGGUGACACUGCGCAGCAGUCCCAAGUUGAGGCAGCGGCUGCGAAAGAGGAACCGCGACGCUACUUCCGUGCAUGGCCGUACACGGACAGGGAAGAUAAUGGCCGCGGGCUUCGUGUCUACGUGGACAAGCGCAUCACAUUCGGGGCCCUUAAAAAAGAACUGGAGACCUACGUCGGCAUCGAUUCCAGCCAGUUCAAGGUGUUCCGGGUGUACUCCAACAACCAGGAAUUCGAGUGCACCAAGCUGUCGGACAACCUUGCCUCUUACGCAGAAGACACCAAGCUCGUCAUCAAGCUGGGAAGGGCGCUCAAGUCUGGCGAGCACCGCAUGGAAGUGUACCUCCUGUCGCCAAAUGCUCCAGAGCCAAGCAAGUUUCUUCUAGACUGGAUCUUCACACAAGGCACGACAGUGCUGCAGAUAAAGCAAGAGAUUCUACACAAGAUCCGCGAGCGCUGUGGUCGGGACAUUCCCCUGAACAGGUGUCGACUCAGGAAAAAGAUCUCUGGCAACCCGGGCUCGGUGUACCUCGACUCUGACCGGAUAGACAGCGAUGCCUCUAUGUUUCUCUCACACAAAGUAUUCCUUGAGGUGCUUCAGGGGCCCGAGAAGGUUGUGUCUGCGAACAGCCUGGUGCUGUUUGUACGCCGCUGGCGGCCUUCCACCUUCACCUUCGACCCCCUGGAGGAAGUGGUUCUUAACGAGCGAACUGUCGGAGCACUCAAGGACGCGCUGUCAGAGCUGAGUGGCCUGGACCCAUCGGUCAUUGAAAUUGCUAAGUGCCCUGGUCAGUUCCCAUGCCCGGUGUCAUCGCUGACUGUGCACACAGAGGUAGAGUGGCACUGUUCGGCCCCCUCCCUCAUCUCUUGGCCACUGUACAUAGGCGAGGACGGCCUCGUGGUGCUCUACCGCGACCGAACGGAAACUCUCAAGGAGCUAACAGAGGAGGAGAAGCAAGAAAUUUCCAGUCGAGAAAAUGUCAGGGCUCCCAAGGGCGUCAAGGCCGUCCCGUCCCCGAGGAAAGAGCGUGCGCUCAAGAUCUACAUGGGCAGCCCACCCAACGACAGCAGCGCGCUGUCCUCGGACAUCAAACCCAGCCUUCACUCUGUGCCUAUCGACCUGGACUGAGCGAGCAGCUACCCAGGAUCACGACACUGCUGCCUAGUGGUAUUUUUCUUCAAAGAGGACCGUAGUGAUCGACCGAGUGUCUGUGACUUUGCGCGGCAGGACGAGUGCGGUGCCGCGCAGUGAAGAUGGUGACGACAGCAGUGGGGACCGUCUCGCCGGCUCCAAACUGACACCGGCGACUUCUCUCUCCUUGUCAACAACGGAAACGUGCGUCCCGGUGCAGAAACUGUCAUCUCUUUCGUGUCAAAGAAAUUUCGAGGAGAAGCUCGGAAGCGUGCACUCGAAACGUGUCCACAUCUUAACGUGCCUCCUACUGUCAGCCUCCUUUCUUUAGCUGCGUCCAUUUCUUUUUGAAUUUUUUUUUUAUAUACAUGUAUCUGCAGUCUAGAAAGGAGACUUCAGCCACUUCCUCAGCAGUUUUGACACCCUUUCUACAUUUUCUUUUUUCGAACGCUUUUAUUAGCUGCUCUAGCCAAUCAGCCGCAUCUAUGCUGGCAGGUUUAUUGAUAAAGUGACCAGGCCGACUACGUACUCCCAAUACCCCUCCCCCUCCUCACAACCUCUCAGGUACAGCAAACUGUCUUGCAAGGUUUCAGAUCUCAGCAGCGGCCCCCCAUUCGGCUUCUGAUGCAGGGCUGUAUUUGUACAUCGCCAUGUAGGUCAACAUGUCACUAUGGGUAAAUUGUGAUGGGGUGAAGAGUUUCCAUAUAGAAAGUUAUUAAAGCUACAAAGCAGUUUUCUUACAGUUCUCUUUUUUUUUCUUCGAAGGCAUUUGUAAACAGAAUCUUGACUAAACAUGCUCAUCGAAAUAGGUCGUCGCAGUUGUCCAUGCCAGGUAUCAAAACAGUGGAGUUAUCGAAACAGGAGUUCGUGUGAGAGCAUCGAUAUUCAAGAAAAGCAUCUGAAUUUCAAAGCUCAUUUGAAACUCUUCAGCAUUGUCAUUUUGCAAGUGAUUUCCUGAAUAGUCAGACUAGUUUUGUCCUGGUUGUGAAUGCAGUGUUUUAUUGCACAUUGUAUACCGGCGUUCUUUUUUUUAACUUGUUUUAAAGUAGUUCCAUUUCCUUAUCAGUGAAUGUGCAAAAGCUGACAGUCUAACACACCGGUGAAGUAUUUAUCAGAUGUCAACUAAGGCACACUUCAUUUUAGGUUGACCAAAAACAGAUACUCUAGUUCUACGACAGUUCAUAUAUGCGUAGUCCUUCAAAUUAAUGUUGAGGUGUGGUCACUCGGUGUAAAGUCCAUUUUAACUACUUCAUCACCUGGUUUUAUUAGUUGAGUAUUUCAUAACUAAAUGCAUGUAACUGUGGCCAUAAAGAUCAGUUUGGGUCAUCCCUAAAAGCGUACAGAGGAUGCUACAUAUAGAUUUGACGAUUCUGGAACUGCAUAAAGCCAACAGCUAUGUUUUAAUGUGGUAUUAAAACAUCGUCAGUGCAUGAUCAUGAUGUGUGACCAUUUUACCAAGGUCGUGGAGGGCUUAAACUGUGUGCCUCAUACCACCACAAUCUGUAGAGAGAAUAGCCUGGUUGCACGCUCAAUUUCAGUGGUCAUUGUAACCAAAGACUACUGAAAUACUUCAGUCUCACUGGCUUCUUUGUGCGAGCUCGCAGCAGGGUGCCAAUGGGACUCGUGGACUUCAUUGGAUUUGAAUGUUCUUAAAAGUGAGCAUGCGACAGUUGCGUAUGAUGCAGUUACACAGGAAUCCUGUUUGUGCAUCCAUGCAAAAACCUAAAUUGGGCAAAUCUUUGGUUGUACGUGUUUGUGUUUUUAUGCGGCAGCAUGUUCAUUCAAUUAGCCAUUUUCGUCACCACAAAUUCUUUCGUUUUGGCUCUGUUUCCCACCCUUUUUUAUUAUUCUUAUUUAUUGAUGCGUUGCGAUAGCUUCUGCAGCCUGCAUACCCUGUCUGUAAGGUCUAGUCUGUCCUGGGCAUGUGAAGACACAGGAUUGAGCUUUGCUUUUGUAACAUGACAAAAUUUGAAAUGGUUUACCCUCGUUCUCUUUUUUUUCUUUCUUUCUUUCUUUUUAUUUUGGUGUUUCUAUCCCUAGUGAAAGUUCAUUUGCCUGCUGCAAAACAGAAAAAGAAAAAGUACUGAGAAAAAGAAAGAUGCAGUGUUGUUCUUCAGCAUCACCCAAUUUGCUCUUAAGCAGGAAGAAAACAGUGGCCUUCAUAUGCAGUGCUGUGCUGAAGGUUCACUUUCACAAAAAGCACCGUCCAGCUUCCGGUGCAUUUGUUUAGCCGUGCGUUGUGCUGUGGCCAACAUUGUACAAUCCAUUCCACGUGCCGACUUCAUUCUGGAUUAUUUAAGCCUGUUUUUAAUCAAACAGCUACAGAUCACUUUGUAUCCUAAUGAACAGGGUAAUCCAUCUUAGGGUUGUUUGUAGGGUUACCAGCACAGCAAAGGGGUGGUAUGUGUACUCUGGGCUAGCCUCUUGCUUCGCUGGAUAGUGUGCUUAAUCCUUUUCCAGCAAGAGGGUAGUCUAAAUCUUUGCAGAAUAACCUCGUCCAGGUGGAGGCAUCGUAAAUUGCCAUCAUAGUCUAGGCUUCGUAGACUAUCACCUUUCUGUGCUGGGUACUCUACAACUUCAUUUGAGAUGGCUCUAUUGCUAGGAUGUGGUCUGUCUUGCAAGCUUCCGUCUUGCUGUUGAAACAUCGAGAACUUAUAAUAGUUUAGGCUAUGCUGUGCGGCGCAGCAAUUUCUCUGCUGGUCUUUUUUUUUUUAUCCUGAACGUGAAUUGGAGUCCUUUUCAACCAUUUAUUACAGUUUCUCUUAAAUCUGCUUGUCAAACACAGCCAGGAGGUUAACUUCAACAUGGGUUUUGUCUAUGGCUGCUGGACAUUUGGAGGCAGUCCAUCAACUUUCAGGGGGCGUACGGAGUCGACAGCAUUGCUGGGAUCGGCAGUGGAUUCACAUCUAUUGUUCACUGUUGCCGAUUGCAUUGUUCUGUGAAAAGGGGACAGAACACUGUCACCUGAGGUCUCACUUUAACCCAUUAGCUAGUCUAGAUUUCUAACAUUUUUUUUUUCUGAGAUGCAUUUGUGGUACUAACUUUCAUGAAUGUGAUAUGGUGGGCAGCCAAAACAAGCUGCAUUGGCGAGCAGCCAUUUUUUGCCGUAAUGUGUCUAGCUUUCUAAAAACAUGUCUAAUGUAAGCAUUUGCCCAGAUGGAGCACCGCGGGUGUUUGUAAUGACUGCAUUGUUUUCGUGUGAGAGCAGUUCCCACGCUGUACUGGUGAUGGUGAAAGGCAUUUGUGUAGUUGCCACGCGUGCAAAAAAUGGUCAGGUUUUGGUCGUUUCGAUAACAGCCGACAGUUUCAUGUGCCUUGUGGCAUAAGUUUGCGCCUCGCAGUACAGAAUAGUGAUGUAUUGUGAUGCACUUAGAGCUCUGCGAUUCUAUUGGUCAUCAAACCUUGCCUGAAUACCUGGCUGUCUCCGGAGCCACUCCCCCCUAUGACCGGAAAUGAGAUGUCAGCAACUCUCAUCAAAUCCUUGCUUUGAAAAGGAGUCAUGUGUAAGUGGCUCUACUAGCUAAAUCGCUGGAUUGUUCGUGCACGGAGUUCGCGCAGAUAGCAUCCCACGGUAGUUUGGGUGCAGUAGUUAUUGCCUGCCUCGUCCAAAAUAAAGAGCAAGCGUCACGUCGUCUGGCACAACGCCAAAAAGACGAUUUUGUUGCGUAUCAUGUUUAGGUAUAUUUGGGUGUUAUGUGCCUGCUUUGUCCAGAAUUACGCAGAAGUAGUGAAUCACCUGGUGCAAUGCCAAACAGAAAAUGUAGACUUUCUCUGCUAAAGGAACGGCGGCACAACUCGCCACCAGGAGGCUGCAACCACUCGGCAUUCUUUUCUACAAGCGUUUUCAUAGGGCACAUAAUGCCACCGUUCCUUCCGCUGCAAAAUAUAUACUUGCAAUUCGAUCAUUUGCUUCAAAACAGGUAGUGCAAUCAUGGAAUUGUACAAAAUGCACAUUUAAAUGCCAUUUCUGUAUGGAAUUUGAGCUCGAAUGAGCCAUUGAUUCAUCUGCAAGAGCUGUUUAAACCUGGCUCUCUUAUGAAGGAAACAUUCAGCUCUCGCUGCCGUGUCGUAUUGCCUACUACUCGGCUAGUGUGCAGUUGUAAGUCUAGGUCAGUUGUCGAGUCAUUGUCAAGGGCUUAGUGUAAUAUUUCAACUGGUGUGAUUGUAGAGCUCUGAUGACAUGUGGGUGUAACUUCACAGUGUAGCUGCAAAAAGCUGCCAGGGAACUGCACUUACUGCAUGUGGGUUUAAUGUUUUGGAGAAUAAGGCGAGGCUGCAGUCAGUCCAUUCCAUAAUGGAAUAAUGGAGCGUGCCACGAGAGAGCGACGUGUUGCACAAGUGUUUAGGGGCAGCCAUCGUGAAGCAGCCUUUCUUAACUGCAUUGGCACAAAACAACUUAAAAGCAGACCGUUUGCUCUUCUUGUUUCUCUAUAGCACUGCAUCUAAUGUUACGAGAGCUUCUCAGCCACUUUGUGAAACCACUUUCUAUAUGGCGCCUCUGAUGUGAAAGAGGACACGGGGGAAAUGCUCUUUUUCAAUGAAAGCAUGCCGGGGGAUUUUUCUUAGAAAAUUUAGAAAAUUGUUUAGGCUGUGCAAUGCUGCAAGAAGUGCCCUGUGAUAUCAUUUUUUUUUCUCGGGCUCAUGGUUGUGUAAUGGCCCCUAAAGCUGAACGCUCCGAUUGUGGUGUGUUCUCUAUCUGAAAUGAAAUGCUUGAAACAACUUGAAGUUUGAGUUGAGGUUUAGUGGAUGUCGCCUUUGUUCAGAGGAAUGGAACCUGCUGAAGACUGUCACGAUUAUACAUAAAACAAACUGGCCCGAGGUUUUAGGUCGUGAGAGUGUGUGUACCCAAGAUAAUUGUUUUACCAUUCACCGUUCGGAAAUGGGGAAGAGACAUCUUCCCGGUGUGAAAGAAGUCGGCUGCUUCAAGUUCGUGUGUUCCCGGUUUAGCAUGUUUACGUUUUUCUUCACGAACCCGGCACCCGAACUGCUACAUAAUGCAAGACGGGAGUUGUGUGCAUGCUUUUUUUUUUUAUUCUGUGCGCGUACACGCACCACGUACGAGAUGUGUCUGUAUAGUGGCUGCAGUUCAUGCCUUGACAGAUUGAUUACGGUUUUAUUAUUUAUUGAUAUUGAAGGGGGCACGUCGCGCCGGAAUAAAAAAAAUAUAUUGCAGUUUUUUUUCCGAA